UGAUAUAAUCAGGUACUUACUUAAACAAACACUGUUAUCACUGAGAGGGCAGAACUUCUGUGUCUGUGGACAAACACCAGAAGGUAGCCGAACCGCCCACCAUGAUCAACUUCCCCGGCUUCAAGGGAAACCUGUACGCUUGCGUACUCUCCGCGAACAUGGCUUCGGUGGCGGUAGGGACACAUUAUAGCUGGCCCUCCCCCACCCUACCAAAGUUGGAGGACCCCACCAACUCCUGGCUGCUGCUAACGGAUGAGCAAGGGUCGUGGAUCGGUGGUAUGACAGCCCUGGGUACCAUGUUCGGUCCUUUCCUGGCCGGCACCCUCGUCAACCUGGUGGGACGCCGAUGGACCCUCUUCAUCGCCACAGUACUCAGCAUCGUCGCGUGGGCAGUGGUUUUCCUGUCCUCCUUGGUCUGGGAGAUCUACAUCGGCAGGUUCCUCGGCGGACUGGCAGGAGGAAUGGCCUUCCUUACCGUCCCCAUGUAUGUCGCUGAAGUCUCUGAGCCUGAAGUGCGGGGGGCGCUGGGAUCUCUCUUCGCCUUUUUCCUCGUCGGUGGAUUCCUCAUCGAGUACGUGUUUGGCCCAUACGUUUCCUUCUCAGCUCUCAUCUACAUCAAUUUCAUCCCUUCCAUCCUCUUCUUCAUCCUUUUUAGCAUCAUCCCCGAGACGCCCUACUACUGUCUCCGCAAGAAGAAUGUCUCAGGAGCGCUGGCCAGCCUCACGUGGCUCAGGUCAGGACGUAGCGCAGAAGAUGUGCAGAACGAAUUGUCUACUAUGCAGAGCCAAGUGAACAAAUCAAUGUCAGAGAAGGCAACCAUUGCGGACCUUGUUACUCACCGAGGCAACCGCCGCGGUAUGAUCAUCUCUUGUGGGCUAUUCUUCGUCCAGCAGUUCAGUGGUCUCAAUGUUGUUCUCUUCUAUGCUCAAAACAUCUUCAUUAUGGCGGGUACUUCAUUUUCCUCAAGUGUCUCUACCAUCAUUAUGGGCGUCAUCCUUUUCGUGUUCCGAGCUUUCGCUGCUCCUCUCGUCAGGCGAUACGGAAUGAAGAAUGUUUUGAUCUGGUCUGCCGUAGGGAUGACUAUUUUUCAGUUUCUACUCGGUCUCUACUUCUACAUCGUGUCAAACGGCUCGGACAUGUCUUCCUACGGUUGGAUGCCCAUACUGAGCUUGGUGGGCUACAUUCUAUGCGUCACUGUAGGAUUUGCACCUAUUCCAUGGGCCGUAUUUGCCGAAUUGUUUCCCUCCAAUGUGAAGGCUCUCGCGUCUUCAAUCUGCGCCUCCUUCGCCUGGUUCAUCGCCUUUAUUCUUACCAAGUUCUUCAACAACGUCACCACAGAACUAGGUGCCCAUGUCGCUUUCUUCAUCUUCGCCUUCUUCUCCCUCCUGGCCCUGCUCUUCACAAUAUUCGUGGUGCCCGACACGCGAGGCAUGACUCUUCAGGAUAUUCUGGACAUGCUCAACAGCUAGUGAAAGUUGCCGACUAAAUGUGUGGGGCUUUCCUCUGACGAAUAUGUUCAGAACCAAUUAUGUGCACUGUGGAUGUUAGGUUUUUGUACAAAGCGCUUAGCAACAGAUGUUGUUUCAAAUAAACCAAAUGUAUAUUUUAACUAUUUUAUAAGUAACAAAUUAAUAAAGUAUAUACUACAA